GAGGUUCCGAAAGAGUUAUCAAUUAAAAGUGGAGAUUCAGAACAUGUUUACUUUUCGUUUGGUUCGAGCGUUAAGGAAAUAAUUCCAAGUGAAGUUGCCCGCAUGAUGGAACUUGACUUUUCGGACAGAAAUGUUAACAAGAUUUCAUAUUCUUACGAUGAUAAAAGAUUUAUUUCUAUUCUUGAUGAAGGAAUAAGUGUUGAAAAUGGACAUUAUGUUAUGCCAUUGCCGUUCAAAGAUAAAAACCCGCCUAUUCUACCGAACAACAAGAACAUUGCAGUAACACGUUUAAAUCAAUUAAAGGGUCGUCUUCAGAGGGAUAAAACCUAUCGUACACAUUACUUUACAAGCAUGAAUGACUUUAUCGAAAAGGGUUAUGUAGAAAAGGUUGAAUCGUCUAAACAGGAUAACGAUGGUCAUGUAUGGUAUAUACCUCACCAUGGGGUAUACCAUAACCAAAAACCUGACAAGGUGCGUGUUGUAUUUGACUGUAGUGCUAGAUAUCAAGGUCAUUCUUUGAACGAUCAUUUGUUACAAGGACCUGAUCUUACCAACAAGCUUAUUGGAGUACUGUGUAGAUUUCGAAAAGAAAACAUAGCUGUGAUUUGUGAUAUAGAACAAAUGUUUCUUCAGUUUAACGUAAAUAAAGAUCAUAGAGACUAUUUAAGAUUUUUGUGGUGGAAAGACGACAAUCUUCAUGAAGAUCCUAUAGAAUAUCGUAUGAACGUUCACUUAUUUGGAGCCGCUUCUUCUCCUGGUUGUGCCAACUUUGGUCUGAAAAGAGUUGCUGACGAUUACGAAGAUGAGUUUGGAUCAGAUAUUUCAGACUUUUUGAGAUAUGAUUUCUAUGUUGAUGACGGUCUGAAGUCCGUUGCGUCCAUCGAUGAUGCAGUAAACUUAGUAAAACGAAGUCGAGAGAUGUGUAAUAAAGUAGGUUUAAAACUACAUAAAUUCCAGUCUAACUCUAAAGAACUUUUAAAUCUAAUACCAAUUGAAGAUAGAGCAAAAGAUCUAAAGAACUUAGUUUUAUUAAAUGACAAACUGCCGAUUACGAAGACUCUAGGCAUACAAUGGUGUAUCGAAUCCGAUUCUUUUCAAUUUCGCAUUGAACUUACGAACAAACCACUUACGAGACGAGGAAUACUUUCAACGUUAAGUUCCGUGUAUGAUCCCUUGGGAUUUCUUUCUCCUUUCGUACUUCUGGGUAAACAGAUUCUACAAGAAUGUUGUAGCGAUCAAAUUGAUUGGGACGAACCGCCUUCUGAAAUUUUGAUACAAAGAUGGCAACAGUGGCGAAAUGACAUUCAAAAUCUAGCGCAACUAGGAAUUCAGCGAUGUGUAAAACCGAAAAACUUUGGAAAUAUAACAGUAUGCGAGCUUCAUCAUUUUUCUGAUGCUAGCACUUUAGGUUAUGGACAAUGCUCGUAUCUACGAUUAAUCGAUGAAAAUGGACUUAUUCAUUGUACACUUCUAAUGGGAAAAGCCAGAGUUACUCCACGUCGUUUAUUAACAAUACCUCGUCUGGAAUUGUCAGCCGCUAUUGUAUCAAUUAGAAUAAGUCAACUACUCAAACAAGAACUUCAAUACGAGAACAUUACUGAGUGGUUUUGGACUGAUAGCAAUAUCGUUCUCGGUUAUAUUGCGAACGAUAACCGAAGAUUUCACAUAUUUGUAGAAAAUCGAGUACAACAGAUAAGAGAACACUCUAGUCCAACACAGUGGAAGUACAUAGACACCAAGGAAAACCCUGCAGAUGUAGCCUCACGAGGGGCAAGCGCAAAUGAUUUGGUGAAGAACUCAAAUUGGUUUACCGGACCGAAAUUUUUAUGGACACUUCAAUCCUUUGACGCAGAUGCGAAUACACCCGAUUUGUCACUGAAUGACCCUGAAAUACGAAUAGUGAAGACAUUUUCUACUAAGAUGGAUGUUAUUGAAUUUGCGUCUAUGAUUGAACGCUUGGAAUAUUUCUCUAGUUGGAAUCACGCAAAGCGAGCUGUAAGCAUUUGCUUAAAACUAAAGGACACACUUAGAUCUCAGACUAAGAGUAAAAACCAAUCAAUUGUAAGUACAUUGUGCGUAAACGACAUGCAACGUGCAGAGAUUGAAAUUAUCAAACAAUUGCAAUCAUCGUCAUUUAGCGAAGAAAUAGCUGUUUUACAAUCGAUGGGUGAAGGUAAAACCUAUGAAGAUAGACAAUCAACCCGAAUUCGAAAUAUUCAAUUGAAACGAACUUCAUCAUUAUACAAGUUAGACCCGUUUCUAGAUUCCGAUGGAAUUAUUAGAGUUGGUGGUCGUAUUCGACGAGCGGAGUUUAACUUAGCAGUUAAACAUCCAGUGAUCAUUCCUAGACAUUCACACGUAACAGAACUAAUCAUACGACAUUUCCACGAGAAAGCCGAACACCAAGGAAGAGGCAUGACAAUAAAUGAAAUACGUGCGAACGGAUUUUGGAUAAUUGGUUGUAGUACUGCCGUUUCUAAAUAUCUAGCAACAUGUGUAAUUUGUAGGAAACAUAGAAGUAAUACUCAAGAACAAAAAAUGGCUGACUUACCGAGUGACAGGCUUGAUCCGGUACCGCCUUUCACUUAUAGCGGAGUUGAUUUAUUUGGACCGUGGUACAUCAAAGAAGGACGUAAAGAACUUAAACGCUAUGGUGUCUUGUUUACGUGUCUAUCAUGCCGAGGCGUACAUAUAGAGACAGCAAAUUCACUCGAUACCAGUUCAUUCAUAAAUGCGUUACGUAGAUUUAUAGCCAUACGUGGCCCUGUAAGACAUCUAAGGUCAGAUAGAGGAACCAAUUUUGUAGGUGCGGAACGAGAAUUGCGAGAAGCUUAUUCAGAAAUGGACGAUAAAAGUAUAAGACAAUUUCUUUCAAAUGAAGGUUGUGAUUUUGUAGAAUUCAAAAUGAAUGUCUCAUCUGCCAGUCAUAUGGGUGGAGUUUGGGAACGUCAAAUCCGGUCAGUUAGAAAUGUGCUUGCGUCACUAAUGCAUCAAUCUGGUACACAAUUGGACGAUGAAUCUUUGAGAACUUUUAUGUGCGAAGCCGCAGCAAUUGUGAACAGUCGUCCUUUAACUCUAGACAAUUUGAAUGAUCCUUUAUCAGAAGAACCCCUCACGCCAAAUCAUAUACUUACGAUGAAGUCAAAGAUUAUUCUUCCUCCUCCUGGACAAUUUCAAAGAAGUGAUAUUUACUCUCGAAAACGCUGGAGGCGAGUUCAAUUCUUAGCAAAUGAGUUUUGGAAUAGAUGGAGAAAGGAGUAUUUGUCUAAUCUACAAUCUAGAAAGAAGUGGACUGCUCCGAGACGAAAUUUGCAAGUCGGCGAUAUAGUUAUGAUCAAAGAUGAACAAGCCGCGCGAAAUCAGUGGCAUCUUGGGAAGAUCAACACAGCACACGUAGAUGAAGAUGGACUUGUUAGAAAAGUGCGGGUUACGAUCGGUGCUCAAAUUGACAAUAGUGGAAGGAGGAAUUCACCUCUUCAUGAAUUAGAUAGGCCGAUUCAAAAACUAGUGUUAGUAUUAGAAGUAGGGGAAACCGAGGAAGUCCCCACCGAGGAGCCUAAUGACAUUUAGUAUGCGAUGUUCAGUAAUGGUAGUAUAGUGGUUAUAAGACUAUGAUAUUUUGGAAAAAUUAAACAUUAAUUUUGGGGAGCCAUGUUACUGUUGUACAUUAAUUAGGAGUAAGAUACAUAUUACGAUUACAAUCUAAGUAGUAUAUUGUCGUUGCUUUCCCCGAUAUAUCAGAUUCCCAUGAACGAAGCACGAUGCUAUGAACACAAAUUUUGACAUGUUAAUGGCCCAAAGAGUUCUUACGUAAACCUCACGUAAACCUGCGUAAACCUGCGUAAACCUGCAUAACAACGUAUACCAUGAACUUUGUAUAAUGUUAGACAACUGGGUGAAAUAUGCGAUGCACUGUAUGUUUAUUUGACAAUUGCGACAUGAAUAAAGUCAUGAAUAAAGUAUCAGAACUUUCAGUGUAUUUUUCUUUGCGACGCCCA